UCAGUCAGUUGUUUUAUCGCGGCUUGCCUGUUGAGAUCGUAGCAGGCGACAGAGCAGCGCUGUUAGUCACAUGUUUUUCAGUGAACACGCGAACUUGGCGCGAAAUUGUUUUUUGAAAGUUUCGCCUUUACGAUUUUAUGGUUUUUUGAUUGGAACAAUGAUAUUUAGUUGGGGAACUGCUUAUGUGUAACUGUAAUUGACAAUUUUGUGAUUAAAUCACUCUGGUGUAUUAACCAUUGCAAAAAAAAUUUUGUGCGAUACAUUUGUCAGUUUUUGAAAAAGUUAAAGAACUUUAAUCGAAAAAUAUAAAGACUUUCGAAAACAGGCUGAAAUAAAAUAUUAAGUAUAGUUGAAUGAAGGUUAAAUAGAUCGAAAAACAGUUUAAUUUAUCUGUGGCUUCAUAAUUAAGGAUUAUUAACAGCUGACGCCAAAAGUAAUGUAAUAAUAAUAUAUAGACCGAGCAUCUGUUCGUCAAAAUUGUAAUUUAAUUUUAAAAAGUCUGCAUCGAGAUAGUUUGGAUAUGAGUAGAGAUAUUUAGAGAAAAGUCUGGACUUUUAUUUUUGGACAUCGAGAAGAAAUUGACAUCAAAACGGCGGGCUAUUUUCGAGACUGGUACGCAGCGAUUCAACAAAAUAAUUUAGCAAAUUCAGACGAAUCAGGAUGCGAGGCUGACAUGGCAGAAGGCAGCGUGGAGGAGGACAACGGUGAAAUGUUGGGUCCCCUCUGGGGUGCCACCUAUGCCAAUGCACGCUCCCUCGGCUCCCACUAAUUUAUCUAUUAAAGAAGAGGAAAGCGAUUGUUCAGAAUCGUCCAGCGUAGGAUCGCCAUCUCCGGCGACAGAUGCGGCAGGUUGUACAGAUUUGUCAAUUUGUCCGUCACGUCCAACGAUGCCUCCUCAAGCCCAUCCAGAAGACCAUCAUCAUAUCCAAGAAAACAAAAUGCCAAGUCCCGGACCUCCAAGUCAUACCACGAUGCAACAGCAGCUUAACGGCACUAUGGCUAGCUUGGCAACACUUCAGAACCUGCAAAACCUAGCGUCGUUGCACCAAAGCUUACCUCAAGUAGCUACCCUUGCAGCUAACCUCACAAACAUGGCCAACCUGCAUACCGUUCAAUCUGUGGCCAGUUCCAAUGCUAGCAUGGUAAACGGACCAUUAAAUCUAAGUGUUAAUGCCGCAUCAGCAACUACCCCAAGAUCUCAGCCGAGCAGCAUACCAUGCGAAAUGCCAACAAAUAGCAUCACACCUUUGAGCUCACAGCCUCCCCCUGCCCCUUCGUUACCCCCACCAAACCCUCUUUUGCAGUCUCCGCAACCGGCACCUAUGCCGCAAUUCAUUUUAGCCUCAGGACAAUUAGUACAGGGUAUACAGGGAGCACAACUUUUAAUUCCCACUUCACAAGGUUUGGCUACUCAAACUAUUUUAACUAUACCAGUGAACCACGUGAAUAGCAGCGAUCAAAUGGUUAACUUAGCCUUAAACAAUGGCCAAGUAAUGCAGACUUCUCUGGCUAACCUGCAAGCUAUGGCAGCUCAAAGUAAUUUGCUUGCUAAUACACCACCCCCACACCAAGUUUCCAACACUAAUGGAGCAAUGACUCCUCAAUCACUCCUAAAUCCAGCUACUCUCACCCACCUUCUCUCUACUCCCACUUCUGCUCAACAGUUGCUACAAUCCCUCCCACAAAUGAUCUCUAAUCCUCACACACCCCCACAACCAACCCCAUUGCUCAACUCACUCACGCAGCCACUUCUUAACCAAAGUGCGCCAUACGUUAGCCAAUCGGCACCGAUGUUUCCACAAACCACGCCCCUUUUUAGUCAAGCUACGACUCCAAGCUCUCAGACCCCGCCCUCAAGACUGCCCAUGGGGAAUGGCCAUUAUGGAGAGGUAAAACCGCUGUCUAGCUAUCAGCCUCCAACAAUUUCCCGAAAUUCUUCGCCGCCAGGAAUAAACGGAGGUGGAAGAAGUAGUGUUGGAGCUUCGGAUAUCAGCGUUCCGACUAGCUUGGGGGCACCGAGUAUUCAGAAUGUGAGAAGAAGCCCCAGUUCGCUUAGUCCAGGAUGUAACGAUAGUUCUACGGCCGAUUUGUUAAUAGAUUCACCAAACCAACCUACGAUAAAUCAAACGAACAGCAACGUUGUUGAUGGGAUAAAUCUAGAUGAAAUUAAAGAUUUCGCUAAAGCGUUUAAACUUAGAAGACUAUCCUUAGGAUUAACUCAAACCCAAGUUGGUCAAGCCUUGAGCGUUACCGAGGGACCUGCGUAUAGUCAAAGUGCCAUUUGUAGUGCCCUGGCGUCCCAGAUGGUUGCAGCUGCGCAACAGCAAGCAAUGUUCGAGAAACUAGAUAUAACGCCAAAAAGUGCCCAAAAGAUCAAACCAGUAUUGGAAAGGUGGAUGAAAGAAGCUGAAGAAAGUUAUUCCAGAUAUAAAAGCGGUCAAAACCACUUGACGGACUUCAUAGGGAUUGAACCAUCGAAAAAGAGAAAACGACGAACCUCCUUUACUCCACAAGCGCUGGAAUUGCUAAAUGCUCAUUUUGAGAGGAAUACUCAUCCUUCUGGUACAGAAAUAACAGGAUUAGCACAUCAACUUGGCUACGAAAGAGAAGUUAUACGAAUAUGGUUCUGCAACAAACGUCAAGCUUUAAAAAACACCGUUAGAAUGAUGUCGAAAGGGAUGGUAUAGAACCAAUUGAAUCAAGAUCAAACCUAAAUAUAAUUUAUUAGAAAAAUCUGUGAUUAUUUUCGAUAUUUGUGUGUUUUACAUAUGUGUACAUGGUGUGUAUUUUAUAUAUAGAUAAUAGGAACAAAACUGUAAAAACCUAUGGACUUAAGAAUAUUUCAUUCUAUUGCCUGUAAGAUUAAAACAUACUCCGAUAAAA